ACACUAAAGCCAGUGAGGGACAUCACAGUUGGCUAUCAUUUCUGUAGAGUUCAGUCCGAUUGAGAUUUCCUCAUCCCGAAACCUUGAUUAUUUUGCUUUCUAUCAGUAUUUAGAUGAACGAAAUGCACAGCUAAUGUCUGAUUGCCACAGUCUCUCUUAACUGAUUCGGAUUCUAUGAGGACACGCGUUGCCUUGUCCUUCAGAGGAAGAAUAACAUAUCCGCGAUAGGGUUGGCUUACAGGCUAGCUAGCAACAUUAAAUGUUUUUGUCUUGUGUUGUGGGUCGUUCACAAACAGUUUGAACGCAGGGUUAAUUUGUUUGUUCGGUCACAACUGAAUAGAACCAGAGCACUUCAAAAGCCAACACAUUUUUUAGCGUUUUAGGGAGGAAUCGAGGGAACAAUCGAAGGCUUCUCGGUGGUAGAAUAGAUAGCUAGCUCGCUUUGUUCUCUUAAGAGGAAGCUCGAUAUAGCUUUUCUAUUUAUUAAAAUCGUCGCGGAAUAUGGCUCAACAUGGACACCAUGUAGCCAGUUCCCAAAAAGCACUAAUGCUAGAAAUGAAAAGUCUUCAGGAUGAACCAGUUGAAGGGUUCAGGAUAACUUUAGUGGACGAGUCGGACUUAUACAACUGGGAAGUAGCGAUAUUUGGACCCCCUAACACGCAUUAUGAAGGUGGAUAUUUUAAGGCACGGAUCAAGUUCCCCAUCGACUACCCCUACUCUCCGCCUGCCUUCCGCUUCAUCACCAAGAUGUGGCACCCCAACAUCUACGAGAACGGUGACGUCUGCAUCUCCAUCCUGCACCCCCCCGUGGACGACCCCCAGAGCGGAGAGCUGCCGUCUGAGAGAUGGAACCCCACACAGAACGUCAGGACCAUCCUGCUGAGUGUGAUCUCUCUGUUGAACGAGCCCAACACCUUCUCUCCCGCCAACGUGGACGCCUCCGUCAUGUACCGCAAGUGGAGAGACAGCAAGGGCAAAGACAGAGAGUACGCAGAGAUCAUCAGGAAACAGGUGGUGGUCACCAAAGCGGAGGCGGAGCGCGACGGCGUGAAGGUACCCACCACGCUGGCGGAGUACUGCGUGCGCACCACGGUGCCGCCGGCCGACGAGGGCUCCAACCUCUUCUACGACGACUACUACGACGAGGACGACCUGGAGGAGGACGAGGAGGACGAGUGUUGCUACGACGACGAGGACGACUCCGGGACCGAGGAGUCCUGACGCCCCCCUCCCCGCCCCCCCUGCCUCCGCCCCUGACCCCCCCCCUCCCCACACGCACCCCCCCCCCCCUACCCUUUCUCCCUCAUCCAUAAACUGAACUGUCGCUCCAGUCCCCCCCUCCCCCCUAGCCACGCCCACACAGACUCCCUCGCUAACUUGCGUGCGGCGGCGUCGCCUGCACGCCGAAUCCAGAUCCAGUUUUAAGAAAGAGAAAGCUACAGAGUUUUGUUUCCAUUUUGGUUUCUUGCGUUUUUCUUUCUUGUCGAGGGUCACCCUCGAGUUAGUUUAAAGGGGUGGGGAAGCGCCUGACGGAGGGGCGUGUCUCCAUAGUGUGACACGCCGUCCUGUCUUCUGAACUGGAGGAAUGAGGCUCGCCCCACGGUUGCCGGGGCAACAUGGCGGAAGUCCCCGCUCCCUCGUGUUUUCCCCAAACCAGAUUUGCGUAGGGCCACUGUGGAGGGAAGGUGCCCUGCCUCUCCCGUCCGGAUGCCAGUGUUUGCGUAGGUCGGGGGUUCCAUGUUUUAAUUUGGCGUCGAGCAGGACUACUUGGUGUGAGGUGUUGUGUGAGGUGGAGGAGGAGAGAGGAGAGAGGAGAGAACACAGCAGCAGAAACAGUGAGAGCAGCGGCCAUCUUGAAUUACCUGAGUCCCCUCUGGGCUCCCAGUAAACCCGGUGAGGCGCUGACAUCACAAUUCAAACCGUUUAAACUGUAUUUUUUUCUUCAUGUACGAUAUAUCAAAUGAUGGCUAGAUGUGAUGAUUGGAUUUAGAUUGUUCAAGGGCUUAUUCGUAUGGGACAGGUGGGUAGGGGAAGGCUUGACAUACUUUCUUCCUGACCGCUGGGUUCGUGGUGUCGGGUUCGGCGUAAUGCCCAGGGAUUAGCAAGUCAGAAUCUCGGUGACCUGUAACCAUGGUAACAAUGUGAACUGGCUCCUUUUUUUAUGUCUCUAUUCACGGUUUACUUCCGAAUUAAGGUUAGAGACAAUGUUUUCAUUCAUGUGUAUUUAGUUUUGAUUUUCUUGUUUUUGUUUUAAAUGCCACGAGGGUUGUUCAUUACACUAGCAGUAAAUGUUCCCACAAACUAGAGAAGAACACAAAAUAACAGAACUCUAUGAUUUUUGGUUUUCAUCACUGUUCUUAAUUGUUUUUUUGGGGGGGGUUUUAUCAACGGUUUAGGUGGUCGAUAGCCUGUUUCAUGAAUGACCCUCGUUUAAUGUUUGGGUAACCGGGAUUUCAACAGGUGAAACUGCUGUUUAUAUUCUUCAUUCUGUUCCGUAACCUUCCCAUGAUGCUCUAUGAGCUCUGGUGGUGACAUCACCGAAGGAUCCCUAGUCGUGUCCAAGGAAACGAACCACCUCAGGAAAACAAACAAAAUCAAAACAACACCUAACCCUUUUGAUUAGAGAUGGAAUCAGACCACCUGUAUUCUUGUGGACUGAUUUUCUGCUAAUCAACUGAUCCCUGUGUCUCAACUCAGCUUCAAAGACUGUUUACAAUCUUGACCUUGAUAUUGAUAUGCACAUGUGGAUAUUUGAUGUGUUUUUUUUUUUCUUGUUUGUAUUUUCUUUUUUUUCUUAUGGUUUGUAAAUCUAUUUAAAACAAAAACUCAAAUAAAGAUCUUUAUUAGA